AAAAUGAAGACCUUCCUCCUGCUGCCUGUAUUGAUAGCCUAUGGCUUAUCUCAAGUACAGGGGAGUUUGAAGCAACUGCAGGAAAUGAUUGAGAAGGUCACAGGGAAGAAUGCCCUGGUUAGUUAUGGCUUCUAUGGCUGCCACUGUGGCUUGGGGGGGCACGGGAUCCCCAAGGAUGCCACUGAUAGGUGCUGUGCAGCCCAUGACUGCUGCUACUCGAAGCUGGUGAAGAACAGCUGUCACCCCAAAAUGGAGAAAUACGAUUAUAACUACCAUAAUGAUGUCAUCACUUGUGGGUCUGGAAGCAAGUGCCAAGAGCAGAUCUGCUCCUGUGACAGAACUCUCACCUACUGCAUGUUGGAAAAUCUAAGGACCUACAAUCCCAAGUAUCAAAGCUUCCCCAACAUCCUGUGUGGGGGGAGUAAGCCCCAGUGCUGA